GUCUUCCCCACCAAAUCGUUAAACAUAGAUACAAAUCACUUUUCACUUGAAUCUAAACGGAAGAAGUUUUUGAAGAUCAUCACUAACUAACGCUUAUCUACAAAGAGAAUCAUCUUGAAGAUAUGAAGAAUAUUGUAGCGAUGUUCAAGAAACUGAAUCCUUUGGCAAAGGAGUUUUUCUCUUCUUACUACAACAACACCAAGAAAAACAAUCAUACUGGGAAAGACAAUCAAAUUAUGCCAGCUGGCGAUUUCGUGGCUAAAAAGAAUCAAUCCGGUGAAGAAUUUGAUCAUGAUCUCAAGAAGGAUGACAAUAACCGGAAGAGAAGAAACGGUUACAGCCAAGGGAGAAGGAGGUUAAAUGGAAGAAUUUCUAAGGCUGGGAGAGAGGAUAGUAUUAGAAGAACAGUAUAUGUUUCUGAAAUUGACCAGAGUAGGGUGCAAGGGAAGCUUUAAGGCUUGGUGGAACGAUGCUUGGGUACUACCCGGUGAGGGUUUUACCCUCCAAAACUGCUAGUCUUCCAGUUAAUCCC